AUGAUUACGAGUUUAACUGCAGAUGCUUUUCCAUUAAUGGACAAUCUAGUAGUGUUAUUAAUGAAACGGAACCAAAUUGCUUUCGUUUCGGAAGAUGCUUUCGUUAACGUAACGUCUCUAAAAGUUCUAGAACUGGACGAUAACUUCCUGACACAAAUACCGGCUGCAAUCGCGAAACUGUCCGAUCUCCAAGAAUUUUCGAUAUCGGGUAACCGCAUCAAGUACAUCGAGGGAGGAUUGCUCCAGAAGACACCAGCUCUGGCCCUUCUGGAGCUUAAAGGCAAUCCAUUGAUUGGAGUGGACGCUGUAGCUUUUUCUUUCCUUCCUCGGCUCCGAAAGCUUAUCCUUUCGGAUGCCAGAGAGCUAUCCACAUUUCCAAACUUAAACGGAACCAUCGCCCUGGAAAUAUUAAGACUGGACAGAGCCGGUAUAUCUUCAGUUCCAGCUUCAUUGUGUACGGAUUGUCCCCGAUUGAAAAGUCUCGAUUUAAAAUCUAACAAACUAACCGUCAUCCCUGAUCUGAGUAAUUGUAGGGAAAUGAGAGUACUAGACCUUGCUAGUAAUUUCAUAAAAUCCAUCGAUGGCAAGCCGUUUCGUAGCAUGUAUAUGAUGCACGAUCUCCUUCUAGCCCACAACCAAAUAGAGCAGAUACCUCACGAUGCUUUCUAUAAUUUAUCAAAAUUGCAAGUUUUGAAUCUUGAAGAUAACCAUAUUUCUUUUAUACAUCCCGAUGCGUUUAUGCCGAUUUCAAGGAUAGAAGAUUUAAAUUUGGGAAACAACGUUUUCCCUUACUUACCAACCGCUGGUCUGGAGCGUUUGCUGCACCUGAAAACCUUUAACAAUCCGAAUUUGAGGGAUUUUCCGCCGCCCAACGAUUUUCCUCGAAUUCAAACGCUUGUAUUGGCGUACGCCUAUCACUGCUGCGCUUUCCUGCCUCUCAUACCGUCCAACCCACCGCCUGCCAAAGCCCGAGACAUCAUCGUGUUUCCAGACAUCGAAGAUAUCGAUUUGAAUUUUUGGAACAGUUCAGUCGAUCUUUGGCCGUCCCAACAAAAUAUUAGCCAGAAAUUCGGAAAGAAGUUCGGCGAAAUUUGGGAGAACAUCCGAUCGGACUUUACCUAUCCGGGAAAUUUUCCUUCGUACAUGGAGGAGUACGCGGCUGAAGAUGAUCCUACUCUGCGCAUACCUGGUGAUUUAACCAACGGAAAUUCGGGUAAAAUACAAUGCUUGCCUCUGCCCGGGCCUUUUUUGCCUUGUCAAGAUUUGUUCGACUGGUGGACGCUGCGUUGCGGCGUGUGGAUAGUGUUCUUAUGCGCCAUGCUUGGCAAUGGGACUGUCGUUUUCGUGUUAAUUUUUUCGAGAAGCAAAAUGGAUGUACCCAGAUUUUUGGUGUGCAACUUAGCCGCCGCUGAUUUCUUCAUGGGCAUAUACUUGGGGUUUUUAGCUGUAGUAGAUGCAUCGACGUUGGGGGAAUUCCGCAUGUACGCAAUCCCUUGGCAAAUGUCAGCUGGAUGCCAACUCUCCGGUUUCCUGGGCGUUUUGAGCUCGGAAUUAUCGGUGUGGACUCUCGCCGUAAUCACUUUAGAAAGAAACUACGCCAUAACUCACGCGAUGCAUCUUAAUAAAAGGCUUUCCUUGAAGCACGCCGGCUACAUCAUGAUUUGUGGAUGGAGUUUCGCCAUAGUCAUGGCGAUCAUGCCGAUAUUUAACAUUUCCGACUACAGGAAGUUCGCCAUCUGUCUUCCCUUUGAAAUAAGCGAUACGGCCAGUUUGACCUACGUGGUAUUUUUGAUGUUUAUUAACGGAGUAGCGUUUUUGAUACUAAUGGGUUGUUAUUUAAAAAUGUAUUGUGCCAUUAGAGGCUCGCAGGCCUGGAACUCGAACGACUCCCGAAUAGCUAAACGGAUGGCUUUACUCGUAUUCACCGACUUCUUGUGUUGGUCCCCUAUAGCGUUUUUCUCGCUUACAGCAGCGUUCGGACUGCAACUUAUUUCCUUAGAACAAGCCAAAGUGUUUACAGUGUUCGUUUUACCUUUAAACUCUUGUUGUAAUCCUUUUCUCUACGCAAUACUCACUAAACAAUUCAAGAAAGACUGCGUUAUGAUCUGCAAGGCCAUAGAAGAAAGUCGAGUGACCAGAGGUAUCGGAAGAUGCAGGCAUAGUUCAAAUUUCAGCAACAGACAAACACCAGCCAAUACAAACAGUUUAGCAGACAGAUCGUCGAGGGAGAAGCAGGAACAUCACGUUCCCCAAUGCACGUGCAACGUGAAAUUACUCGGUGAUAAUCAAAUUCAGCAGAAGAACAAAAAAGACAGGAAAACAACAACGCGAGAGUGGCUACUAAACAAAGCCCGGUGGCUACUUUGUGUCAGAAGGCCCGCCAGGCACAGGCCUCGAAAUGAUCAAUACACCUACCAAAUUGCAGAAAUCCAGCAGAAGCAACACAAAAGAGCCUCCUCGGUUUCGUCCAGCGAAAACUUCAGCUCCUCGAGGUCGGAUUCUUGGCGCCACAAUCACCAUUGUGGCAUUCCUCUCCGUCUUUUAGAUCCGAAGAGAAGAGCCUCGUCGUGGUUAAUCACCCGCAAAACUUCACAAGAUUCUACCUUGUCCAGUUCGAGGAACGAUUCUUCUGGAUCGGCGACGACGGCAAGUACGAGCACUUGGAGGAUAUCGAGAUCCAGUAAUUCCAGCGAACCUACUCGAGGGAGAGUCAAGCCCAGAUUGACCCGACAAUGUGCCAUACAAGACGAAUCUGAACCGCCAAGUUCUCCAGGAAGACUGACUGUAAGAUUUCUCACCACCAUUCCUUCGGCAGCUGAGAACAGCAUGCAAUUAGAAGACGAUCAACCUUCUAUUAUAAUUAGUCCUAGUCCUACGAUCUUAGUUAGUCCUGCCAAAGAGCGAGAGGGUCCUUUGUACGCCAUCUUGCAUUCGACGACUGUAACGCCGGCUCGAAGGCAAUCCAUAGUCACGCUUCAUCCACCGGAGAGCAUCAAGCAAUCGCAAGAAGAGGAGAUUACGAAGGAAUCGAGUAAUCAAGUCGAUACUAGUCAAGCCAAUAACAAUAGCAGAAGCAAUGGCUCUUCUAGAUAA